GCAGUACCAUCGCUAGCAGUGCAGUCAACAAUUUAAGUUUUUGUUUUUGUUGGCCAAGAACACAAUAAAAUGUACACAUUGAUGCACGGCUUCUACAAAUACAUGACUCAGAAGGACGACUAUUGCGUGGUAAUCCUAGGCCUGGACAAUGCUGGCAAAACGACUUACCUGGAGGCCGCCAAGACCACGUUUACGCGUAACUACAAGGGCCUCAAUCCCAGCAAGAUCACGACGACGGUGGGCCUCAACAUCGGCACCAUCGACGUGCAGGGCGUACGCCUCAACUUCUGGGAUCUUGGUGGCCAGCAGGAGCUGCAAUCUCUGUGGGAUAAGUACUACCAGGAGUCGCAUGGCGUCAUCUACGUGAUUGAUUCCAACGACAGGGAGCGCAUGGAAGAGUCGAAGACGAUCUUUGACAAGAUGAUCAAGAACGAACUGCUGUCCGGAGUGCCUUUGCUCAUCCUGGCCAACAAACAGGAUCUGCCCGAUGUGAUGGGCGUGCGGGAGAUCAAGCCAGUUUUCCAGCAGGCGGGUGCUUUAAUCGGGCGGCGAGAUUGCCUCACCAUUCCCGUAUCCGCGCUGCACGGCGAGGGCGUGGACGAGGGCAUUAAGUGGCUGGUGGAGGCCAUCAAACGACAUGCGGUGGUCCGGCCGCCGCGGGAAAACGAUUAGAAGAUCAAGGAGAAGACAUCCGGGCCUGUUAGUCGGCCCUCCACUGGCUUUAAUUAGACUUGUACUUUUGUAAGUUAGGGGCUUAGGAUAACGCUUAUUUGUAAUUAGCCGGGCGAGAUUGUGAGAUACAAAUUGUAUAAAUGCGUCGUCAUUAUCUGCAAAGACCUUAAGACUUUCCUUUUCGGUUAACUACUGCUUGUAAAUGAGGAAAACAAUGUUAGAAUGCUGUGAGACUUCUGCAUAGGACAACGAAUUACAAAUACUAUUGUUAGAAUAACAGAGAACGCAAUGCUUAUUAGCCAAACAACUGCAAGAAUUCGUAAUUUACUUUGUAAAUAUAUCUUAUUUUAUAUGUGUAGCUAACCCUUUGAAGAAGAAGUACUUUGUUCUAGAAUAUGUAACAUUCGAUUACAUCUGAUCUAUUUAUUAAAAUCUCGUUUAUAGUUA